AUGUUGUGAGAGUAAGAAUUGGCGGAGUGGCGUAUGUUGUACGUUACUGUUGUCGUGGGGUUGUCAACUUCGAGAUCCCGCUGCUCGGGCCCCGCUAAUCGGGCAGGGAUGUUCAACGUCAAUGCCAAGUCUGGAGAUGGAUUGAUUUCCGAGGUACAACACCGCGAUAAUCUCCCCAGCUUUACGAUAUCAAGUAGUUGAGACACGAUGGACUCCGACAUACCAGGCGAGAUCACGUCUUUGCUGCAGGGCGCGUCAAUCAACCGCCACCCCUCCCCGCGACACGAUAUCAACCCGUCGACCACCGUGUCCGAGAAGCAACCCGUUCGCCUCAAUUCGCACGCCGACCCAGACGCAGACUCUGAUAUCGCAGAAGAUGAGAUUCCUCUCAGCGUGCUGGAGCCCGUUCCUCGCCGGCAAAACAUGCCUCCGUUGCCGGAUUUGAGGUUCGAGCAGAGCUACCUGAAGAGCAUCGAGAAGGCCGAGUCGUGGCAGGGUGUGCUAUGGAUUACCUUGAGGGAUCAGGUUGUCAUGUGCUUUGCGCAGGGCAUGCUAUGGACGCUUCUCCUCGGUGGCUGGCGGCAUUGGAAUAAGUCGGCCAAGUUCAGCGGCCAGGGCGUUGGAGCGAGGGUGCGCAGGUGGUGGUGGGGAGUCAACAACUGGAAGGUGCCAAAUGAGAGCAAGCUGAAGAACACAAAGCUGGCAAAGAAGGUGUCUGAAUACUACAAGGGCGAGUUUUCCAGUGCUGCUCAGGACUGAGCGGUAGUACUCUAUAUGUGCAUUGGCCGGCGUUCAUGAAUUCAAAUGAAGAUAUCUGGAUGUUUCCUACUUGAGGUCAUCCGCACUCAUCUCUUUUUCUACCCCGAGAUCUGUGUUUCUUUUUCUCUCCUCUUUGCCAUGCUCGAGACUUCCAAUCAGGAUCCAUGCGCCUUUAUACUGCCACUCUGAUAUUACAUGGUUCGCUCUGCCUACAUGUUAUCACUCCAUUUCAUACCGACUUCACUUUCACUUUCGCUCCCAUUAUUACAUUCACCAUCUGUCGCGUUUGAUCC